GCAGCAAAACUUCUGAAGGUUUGCAGAAGAUGGUAAGAGAACUACCGAGAAGGCUAUUGUAGUAUUAUAAAUACGCCUCAGUUGGAAUUUACUAUUGCCAAUAUGUAUCAUUCUGUGUCUGAAACCAGUCACCCUUUGCAAACAGAGGAACAAGAAAUAGGCAUUGAUCCCUUGCAGAGUUAUUUGAACAAGCCAGGGGAAGGAGGAUCAAAUGAAAAUGGAAGCACACACCACACCUCAGAUUCUGAUGGAACAUUUAUUUCUUACAGUAAAGAAUGGGAAGAACUAUUUGUAAACAACAAUUACUUGGCAACUAUACGGCUGAAGGGGAUUAAUGGGCAGCUGAGAAGCAGCAGGUUCCGUAGUGUUUGCUGGAAGUUAUUUCUGGAGGUUCUACCCCAAGACAGAAGUCAAUGGAUUAAAACCACUUCAGACUUAAGAACUUCUUACAAUAAGAUCAAAGAAAUUCACAUUACAAACCCUCGGAAAGCAGGACAGCAAGAUCUGAUAAUCAACAACCCUCUCUCUCAGGACGAGGGGAGUCUUUGGAAUAAAUUUUUCCAGGAUAAAGAGCUUCGAGCAAUGAUUGAACAAGAUGUGACAAGAACCUUCCCUGAAAUGCAGUAUUUCCAGCAAGAGAAUGUGAGGAAAAUUCUUACAGAUGUUCUGUUCUGCUAUGCCAGAGAAAAUGAGCAGUUGCUUUAUAAACAGGGUAUGCAUGAACUUUUAGCUCCCAUUGUCUUUAUCCUGCAUUGUGACCACCAAGCUUUUUCACAUGCCAGUGAAGCUGCACAACCAAGCGAGGAAAUGAAAGUUCUUUUGAAUCCUGAAUAUCUGGAACAUGAUGCCUAUGCAAUGUUCACACGUCUUAUGAAAACUGCAGAACAUUGGUUUUCAACUUUUGAACACGACAGUCAGAAGGAGAAAGAUAUGAUGAUUACACCUAUGCCAUUUGCAAGGCCACAGGACUUAGGCCCAUCUAUUGCUAUUGUAGCGAAGGUAAACCAAAUUCAGGAUCAUCUGCUGAAGAAACAUGAUAUUGAGCUGUACAUGCAUCUGAACCGUCUGGAAAUUGCUCCACAGAUUUAUGGACUGCGAUGGGUAAGGCUCCUGUUUGGACGUGAAUUCCCACUUCAGGACCUUCUGGUUGUCUGGGAUGCUCUAUUUGCUGACAGUAUCACUCUGAAUUUAGUUGACUACAUUUUUGUAGCCAUGUUGUUAUAUAUUCGAGAUGCCUUGAUUUCAAGUAAUUAUCAGACCUGUUUGGGACUUCUGAUGCAUUAUCCGCCUAUUGGAGAUGUUCACUCCCUUAUCCUAAGAGCACUUUUUCUUCGAGAUCCAAAGAGAAAUCCAAGACCAGUGACUCACCAAUUUCAACAAAAUUUAGAUUAUUACAAAGCACGUGGAGCAGACUUGAUGAACAAAACCCGCGCCAGUGCUAAGGCUGCCCCACUGAACAUUAACAAAGUCUCCAACAGCUUACUGAAUUUUGGCCGAAAGCUCAUUGCUCCGGCUAUGGCUUCAGGAGGGGCUGGGGGUGCCCCUGCCGGCGGGAGCAGCUUUCCUCCCCCUGCAAUGCCCAUCAGAAGCGCAGUGGAACUCCCCCAGCAGCAGCACCACCACCACCACCAGCACCAGCACCACCACCACCACCACCACCAGGCACAGCAGCAGAGGAUGAUGAAGUCCGAAAGCAUGCCAGUUCAGCUGGGCAAAGGCGAGGCCGGCGCAGGCAGCGAUGCUGCGCUGCCGGGCCCCGGGCAGCAUCCCCCUGCCCUCCCAGGCCAAAGUUCAAAAAACAUCAGUUCAUCUCCAAGCAUAGAGAGCUUGUCUGGAGGACGUGAAUUUACAGGAUCUCCACCAUUGUCUGCAUCAAAAAAGGAUUCCUUUUUCAGUACAAUCUCCCGCUCCCGUUCCCAAAGCAAAACUAUGAGCAGAAAAGAAUCGGAGGAGGAAUUGGAGGCCCAGAUUUCAUUCCUACAAGGACAACUGAACGACUUGGAAGCCAUGUGCAAAUACUGUGCGAAGAUGAUGAACACACAUCUUGGAAAUAUUCAGGAAGUCAUAUUACAAGAACACUUGGAAAAAGAAGAUGAAAUUCUGGUUUCCUUGGCUGGUUUGAAGCAGAUCAAGGACAUCUUGAAAGGUUCCCUGCGUUUCAACCAGAGCCAGCUGGAAGCUGAAGAAAAUGAGCAAAUCACGAUAGCCGAUGAUCAUUACUGUUCCAACAGUCAGAACAAGGGGACAGGUGAUGUCCUAAAGGGACCUGUUAUGACAAAACAACAGUUCAUCUCAGGACAACAGACUACGACUGAUUCGAGCACUAGUGAGAGCAAGAGUGCUGAUGACUAUAUUAUGGUUUCCAAAGAAGAGGAAGGAAGUAGAAGUGCUGUCCCGGAGCCAGCGCAGUCCCAUCAGGCACACAAGGAGGCAGCGGUGAAGCCAGAAGCUCCAUCUCGUUCUUCUUUGAUAUUCUCUGACCCACUGAUGGGCUCCAUUUCAGCCUCCUCCAGCAACCUGAGCUCCAGCCCUGAUGAUGACAGUAGUAAUAACAGCAAAGAUUCUGACUUUGCUAUUGUCAGCCCACUGGACAUCUAAAGAAACAGGUUGGGAGAGUUUGAGAGGUCGGUUGUUACACCUCAGCUCAAAUUCCUAUGAUUCCACAUGCUGGAUAGUUCUUUGGAUUAGAAGUACAGGAAAUAGAUAAAGGUAACCCAUUUCAGCUGCCAAAAGCCUAAAUUAAAAAAAAAAACCCAACCCAAAAACCAAAACCCACGAAUUUGCAACUCUUCAAAAAGAAUAGACGCCUUUUAAUAACUGCCUUAAAUAAAGACCCAGUAAAACCCGGUUCUAAUAUACAGUUAUUCUUUGUUAUAGAGUUAUCUUACUUAGGAGCUUUGUUACUAUAGAACUGUUGCUUUCCCAAAACAUAGAAUAGUAUGUGCUAGGUACCGUAAUGUAUUAGGAAAUGUGUAGAAACUUGGCAUCAGACCUGAAGCAGCAAAGACAAGCUAGAUUUAAUAUCGUCCUUUUGCAAAAUAUGCUCGACUGGGUUUUCUGAGUAGGAAAGGGUACUGUUUCUUCAGAGACUGUGACUAGAGAAGUAGGGAACGUAUUUCAGAAAGAUAAGAAGCAUCAUCCUGGCAGUAAGCUUGUUCUCAGUUGAGGAAUCCUGGUUUCUUCAUUUUCAUCCGGCAGUAGCCUGAGGUGUGUUCAAGGCAGAGGUUUGUGUAGUUGUUCCUCAGCGCUGUCUUACAGGGGAAUGUGUGACAAAUUCCUUGAGAACGGGGACCUAUACAACAGAGCCUUAUUUCCC